AUGCAGAACAAAACGCAAUCUGCUUUCAAGAUCCUUUUGCUGUUCUCAUUUAAUCUAGCAAAAAUCAACAGUAGCAAAAUUUUCCAUCAUCACACACUUAAUUAUCAUUGGAACAUUUGUGUCAGUAAAACUCAUUUGAAAGUGUCAUUACGAGAUGAAUAUUCUAAUAAUGUUGACAUACUCGUACCAACAACACCUCCAACAAUGCAAACGCAUUGA